ACCAUGGUGGGCAUGUCAUCAAUCAAAUUCAAAAGUCAAAAAACCCCUUUCGGUCAGUCAUUAAAUUAGCUCAGUCCCCAAAUUUCUCAAAAUUCUAGUGAGGGGAGCCCAACAUGUCUUUACUUCGGGGCCUUCUUAAAAAACCAUUGAUUCAGAGCAUUUGUACUCCAACAAGAAGAACAUAUACAACCGAAGAUUCAUUCUGUCCAUCUAAUGACGAGACUGCAUGUAAGGCUCCACGAUCAAAAGGGUUAGUUUUGGGAUUAUACACUAACUCAGAUGACCAUACAGAACAUGGAUCGCUGACACCGACUGCAGCCAGAUAUGAUGCGAUGGUGUGCCACAGACUGACAGAGUUGCUGAAUGCUUCACCCGCUCCAAAGAAAGGUGAAGUAAGGGUGUUCUACAACAUCGAUCCUGAGUUUUCCUUGGUCGCUGUAGCAGGAUUGGGACGUCCAUGCCAAGGAUAUGAUAUAUUCGAACAGAUGGACGAAGGAAAAGAAGCAAUCCGAGUAGCUGCAGCAACUGGUGGUAAGGCACUGCAGAAGAUGAGGAUAGAAAGAGUAUUUAUUGAAAGUUUUGGUCAUGCAGAAUCUUCUGCUGAAGGAAGCGCCCUUGGUGUAUGGCUGUAUCAGGAGAAAAAGAAUAUUAAUAAACAAAAGCUCAUUCCAACACUAGAGCUAUACGAUGACUGCGACUGGACAGGUUGGCAAAUUGGACUACAAAAAGCUGCAGCACAGAACUUGGCAAGGCAACUGAUGGACUGUCCAGCAAAUAUGAUGACUCCGACAAGUUUCGCACAAAAUGCUGUAGAAGUGCUUUGUAAAUCUGGAAUAAACGUAGAAGUCAAAGUCAAAGGCUGGGCGGAGACUCAACAGAUGAACGCUUUCUUAGCUGUAGCUCAAGGUUCUUGUGAACCACCAAUAUUCUUGGAACUGAGUUACUACGGUGCAUGCAAAGACGAGAGACCUGUUGUCCUUAUCGGUAAAGGAAUCACAUACAACAGCGGUGGAUUAUGCCUGAAGCCUUGCAACAAACAAAGGUUCAUGAGAGGAGACAUGGGCGGAGCAGCUUGUGUUGUAGCAGCUUGUAGAGCAAUUGCCGGUCUUCAGCUGCCUAUCAAUAUAAGAGCGCUCAUACCUUUAUGUGAAAACAUGCCCGGAUGUGCUGCAAUGAGACCUGGUGAUAUUGUUAGGAUAUUCGUAGCCAACUUUUUGUAGAGAGGCUACCAUAUGUCGAAUAUAAUCCUUUAUGAACUGAUAACAGCAUUGCUUUGGAAAAGCAGGGUCAAACUACGACGCCAUUUUCUGCUCUUCUAAUUCUAACGCCAUGUCUUCAACUAAGACUCUGUUCAAAUGGCUAUGAAUGGUAAGAGCAUCAAAAUCGAAUCAACAGACACAGCGGGAAGACUUUGCCUAGCGGAUGCCCUGGUGUAUGCUCAAAACUUCUGGCCUAGAUUUAUCGUAGAUAUCGGAACUAUGACCAACGACAUGAAGCAUGCACUAGGUGCUGCGGCGUCUGGAGUUUGGAGCAACUCAGAGGCCUUGUGGGAGUAUAUGUUAGCUGCGUCGAUGCAUACCGGAGACAGGGUAUGGAGAUUUCCCUUGUGGGAACACUUCACGAAACUGGUAGCCCACCAUCCCGCAGUCGAUGUGAAGACCUUCGGCAGGGGAGGCAGACCAAGAUGCGGUGAAAACUGCAAAGUGGCCGCAUUCUUGAACGAAUUCGUCCCUUGCGGUGAUUGGAUGCACAUUGACAGCUACGGAGUGAUGUUUACCACUGGCGAAGAAUAUGCAUACCUCCGCAGGGGCAUGACCGGUCGACCCACAAGGACACUCGUAGAAUUCCUGUCACAAUUGGUCUGUCAUCGAGAGUAACUGUCACGUCGUCAAAUUUAAUGUCAUGUCAAUCGUCGAUUUUGUAACAAACGUAACUGAGCUAAUACAAAAUUAAGUUGUGCUUCAA